AUGACUGGCUGCCUACCGAAUCAGGCGGCCCGCUGUGAGGUGCUCCGCCCGCUGCUGCACUUCACCAGGAACCGUAACCUCACCUCCUCCCGCCUUUGCUCGUCCUACACUUGCAUCUCUUUCUCCUACUACUACUCCGUUGCCUUCUGGCUUCUCCCAUCUCCAGGAUACCCUGUCGUCUCGCUUCGACCGUCUCCUGUCUCGUCUGGAGCCCCGUCCUCUCACCUUUCCCUCCCCCUCUCAGCGCCACUUCCCCCCUCCUCCUCCCUCGCCCGCUCGCGUCGAUCGCUUCGCUGGUGUGACUACUCGAUAGAAAACUUGCUCCAGAGCUGGCCAGGGCUUGCAUUUGCUGGUUCCCCAACCAUCAUGCGCAUUACCGUGAGCGUGAUUCGUCCGGAUCAGGCCGAUGCCGACAUCUUCUCCCUAGAAGUCGGUGGGGACAUGACCGUCGAGCUCCUCAAAGCCAUCGUCGAAAGCGAAACCUCCAUCCCUCCUCCCUCCCAACGUAUUCUCUACAACAAUCAACUACUCGCCGAUGAUGCUCGCACCCUCGAACAGGUUGGCAUUGGUGAGGGUGACAUGAUAGGUGUUCAGGUUACGCUGCGGAGACCCCAGGCCCCCCCACGGAGUAUUGGGGGCCCCAGCUCUGCUGCUGCCCAACAAAACCUGCAGCGACGACAGGCAAUGACACCAGAUCCCGAGACGAUUCGUCUACAUAUUCUCGGUAAUCCGCAAGUGCGCGAGGCUGUUCGACGGCAGAACCCGGAACUGGCGGAGGUGGCCAACGAUGCACAGCGCUUCCGUGAUGUCCUUCAACGACAACAACAGCGCGAGGCUCAGGCCGCAGCAGAGAAGGAGGCUCGAAUUGCCAUGCUGAAUGCUGAUCCGUUCAACCCCGAGAAUCAACGCGAGAUCGAGGAGAUUAUCCGUCAAAACGCGGUAACGGAAAACCUCCACAAUGCCAUGGAACACCACCCAGAGUCAUUUGGUCGCGUAACCAUGCUGUAUAUCCCUGUCGAGGUCAAUGGCCAUAGACUCAACGCAUUCGUCGAUUCCGGCGCACAGGUCACCAUUAUGUCACCCGAAUGUGCGACCGCGUGCAACAUCAUGCGACUCGUCGACCAGCGAUAUGGGGGAAUCGCAAAGGGCGUUGGUACGGCUAACAUCAUCGGUCGGGUGCAUUCAGCACAAAUCAAGAUUGGAAGCAUGUUUCUUCCAUGCUCCUUCACAGUUAUGGAGGGAAAGCACAUUGAUCUACUCCUAGGCUUGGACAUGUUGAGGAGACACCAAGCCUGCAUUGACCUCAAACGAGGUGCACUCAUCAUCCAAGACCAAGCGGUCCCGUUCUUGGGAGAGGCAGACAUUCCCAAGCACCUCCAGGAGGAAUUCGAGGAUGAGCCCAUGAUCAAGGGAGCCGAUGGCGCCGAAGUCGGCGCCCGGACAGGUGCGGUCACGCAUCAGGCCAGCCGCAGCCAAGCAGCUGGUGGCCCCAACAUGGCCUCUGCGGCAUCCUCUUCCCGCCCAGCCCCGCCGCAGUCACGCUGGCCGGCGGACUCCAUCGCGAAGAUCACCGAACUAGGCUUUACGCGAGAAGAAGCCAUGCGAGCUUUAGACGCAGCCAACGGAGACCUAGAUGGAGCCAUUGGAUUUCUGAUAUGA